UUGCGCCUCUCUUGAUCUGCAAACUCCAAUUCGCACUGAUCGAUGCGUAGAAAUGAGAGAAAAAAAUGUAGCUCUUUUGAAACGGUUUUCGUUAGGCCCAAUGUAACUUUUCUUAGUGUGAUUCCUCGACAGACUUAAUUCUAUUCUCAUGAAGCUUGGAUCUAUAUUUCUCCAAUUCUCCCCAAUUCUAUCUUUUCAUCAUUCGUCAAGAGCUUAAAGUUGCAUCUGCGUGGUUUAUCUAGAUCUCUAACAGUUCGCCCAAUUGCUUUCAUCAUCGACAAAAAACUCUUCUCCACAGAAACUGGUAUGAUUAGCAUCCGUGUCCACAUGAUCCUCCGUUCAGCUCUGGAAUCAUAUCGAACAUCUACAUCUACAUCCACCUAGGGGUUUCCUACUCAUGAUUUGGACACAGUCAUGCACUUGCGCUUCGAUUGAGACAUUAAUUGCCAUCUCCGUGUAAAUUGGCUGUACGGGGUGGUUCGAGUGAAUCACCGAUUCACUCGUGUGUGCUCGUAAUUUAGUGUGUGAUUGAAGCUUAGCUCGGCUUUAAUUCUCCUCACUCAAUUGCCCAGAAACAAACUGUAUGCAGCGAAGUGUUUGGUGCUUUGAAGUCGAUCAUCAUCAUCAUGGUGAAGUUAACAAUAGUAUGACAGGUUCCUUCGACUCCAAAGCAGAACAAUGGCACCUCACGUGGAUGGAACUGCAGAUUCUGACGAAAUCUCGAUGGACUCCGGGCCAGAAGGAGAACCAUGUGACUUGGAAGGAUCCGAGCAGGUCGGAGAUUGUGACUCAAUCCCAAGCGCCAGUGUAGUGGAAACUCUGGAAGAUCUCGAAGAACUGUCUGGAUUAGUAGCGGGGUCUUUAGCCGACAGGGAGCUCGAGAUUUUGGAGUUUCUCGGAAGCUCAUCCACACUCGAUGCUUUGGUUGACGGGCCCAACUCCAGUAGAGUUCCAGUAGACUUCCUAAAACUCGUAAAGUUCCGUCCAGAUCUGGUCAACACGAUCGCUGCAGAAGAACCCAUCACCGGGUUGAUGGUGGCUGCGUGCUAUGGCUACACAGAGGCCGUGGAAUUCCUCUUGACAAAUGGUGCUGAUGUCUUUAUCUUGAACUACAGAGGUUACAAUUGCUUGCAUAUUGCUGCAGUCGAGGGUCGCUUAGAAGCUGCAAGACUGAUUCUGAACUCAGAUCAAGCCGCCAGUGGGCUGCAGACGGUCCCCGACGAAGAAGAUGAAUCUUCCCUGGAGGAGGAAGCGGACGGCGAAAAAAAAUCGACGACAUCCAGAAGUCUCGUGAACACGAGCACCAAGUACGGAGGGCAGGAGACGGCGCUGAUGCUGGCGGCCGAGAACGGGCACACGGAGAUGGUGAGGCUGCUGCUGGAGCACGGGGCGGAUGUGCUGCGCACGAAUUGCAGCGGAUGGACGUGCCUGCAUUUUGCGGCGCGAUACAACGACCACACGGCGGUGCUGGAGGAGAUUGUCAAGUGCGGAGGGGAGGACAUCGUGAACAUCCGAGACCUGCACGGGAAGACGGCGCUGAUCCAAGCGGCUGCGUACGGGAAGGACAACGAGGCGGUGGUGAAAUGCCUUCUGGAUCAUGGCACCGAUGCCACGAUCCGGGACACGUACAUGGGCUGGAAUUGCCUGCACCAUACUGCUUACAGGGGCACCUCGGAGAUUCUGAACACCAUCCUCGAGGCGUGCCCGGACCUCGUGAACUCCAAGACCGAGAAGAUGUUCACGCCGCUGACGCUGUCGACCUUCACGGCUCUGAUGAUCUCGUGCUAUGGCGGGUGCUUGGAGGAUGUGCAGGUGCUGCUGGAGCACAAGGCGGACGUGCUGGUGACGGAGGAUCACGACGGCUUCAACUGCCUGCACUACGCGGUGUCCAUGAACAACUGGACCAUCGUGCAGGCCAUUCUUCGCCAUUGUCCCCAGGUGGUGAACACCACGACGGCGGCCGGCCUCACGGCGCUCAUGAUCGCAUCCGAGCACCACGACGAUGUGAGCAUGGUCCGCCUGCUGCUGGACCACCAGGCCGACCCCUUCAUGAAAUCCAAAGACGGCUGGAACAGCUUACACCACGCUGCGUUCAAUGGCCGCCUUGCCAUCUUCAAAGAGAUCCUCCAGUCCGAUCCCUGCAUCGCCGACACCACCACCCCGUCCGGCUCCUCUGCUUUGAUGCUUGCCUCCGAGAACGGCCACAAGAACAUCGUCAAGCUGCUCUCGGAGCAUGCUCACAACUUCAAAUCCGUCGUGCACGUGAUCAAUACCGUCUCGUAUGUUGCCGAGUUUCAGUCCUGAUUUAUCCUUCCGCAGCUAGCCUAGAGAGAGAACGAGUGUAAAUUAGCAGCCUUGAGGUAGUCUCCUGUGGAUUGUUCCGAAAUUCUUUGCGACAGCUUGCGUCUCUUCGCACCGAGCCGAGAAUCGCACACUCUCCAGUUUGACGAUGUAUGAUUAUCCUAGAAGUGCAUUGCCAGACGAGAACCGUGGGAGGCUGGCACCGUGAACCGUUUGUACAUAGCAUAGCUUAUGGAAGUAUCGUAUGACUCUUGUGUGCGAGGCCUGAGAAGAUUUCAUGUGCUUCAUUCAUCCUUUGAAUGGUGGAAUGCACCGUCGAAGGAAGCUCGAGGCCAAGGCAAGCAUUUUUGGACCGGAAUGUGAUUGCAGUAAAGAAUGAUAUCCCAUAUCCCUUCAGCCAUAGCAUCAGUCCCGACCCAACUCUGAGAAUGACAUGCAGCCCUGGCAUACUUCUGAGCUAGUAGAUGGUGGCUCUUUGACUCCCCUCUGACAUCCA